UUGAAAUCAGAACAAUUGAUUUGCUUUAUGAGGCUUUUAGAACCAGAUCUCCAGACUUCAAUUCCAAUAUCUAGCCCUUAAGAAACCUAAUCUCCAUCAAUAUUGCAUUGACAACAUACCUGUUUUUUGUCAUGUUCUUUACCAGGAGUGAUAUAGGAGCACUUAAUAUGAGUGACUACUUUAAGAAUUUCACAGUAAAGACCAAGUAUGGAGCAGUGGCAGCCACAGCAACUCCAAUUGUAAUCUUUGCAGGUAUUUACGUCGCAUGGGCUUACAUUCGCCAGGGAUGGAAACGAAGAGCUAUGGAUCGUCGGGUUUUUUCAAGGUCCAUGUCAUUCGGAGCCAUUCGCGGGGGCAAUUUGGCUUUGAAGAGAUUGCUUGGCUAUCAUAAGGCACGAGCUGAUCCAAAAACUCUCGAAGAUGCAGAAAAGGAGUUAAGGAACCUAAUCUCCCAAGACCAACCUGAUUUCAAAAAGCUGCAGAAAACUAUUGCAAAGCUUGAAAUGAGUGGGAAAGAAGACAUUGCAAUAUCAGUGCUUGAAAAGGCACUGAACAAGGCCAUCAAAGAAAAACAGCCACAAGAAGCUUACGAGAUCGAAAUGAUGCUCGUGGAAAUGAACAUUUACAAGGGCGAUUUCUCGAAGGCUCCGGACUACAAAUGCUUGAAGGAAAAAAACAUGUCAGAUGGUCGUCGACCCCUGUACAAGGCUAUCCUUUAUGUGAUGAGAAAGGACAAGGACGAGGACGAGGACUUAGAAGAAGCCAAAAAGUACUGGAAAGAGUUCAAAGAGCUUAGAACAAACUACUAUUGGCCACCAGGAAUGCAAGAGGAUAAACUCUAUAAGGUCAUUACGGAUUUCGAGGAAUUCAAGGAGGUUGUCGAGGUUCUUAAGAAGGAUAUCAAAGAAGUGCACAAGCAGGGGACCAACAAAGUGUAAGAGAAGAGAAUUGUUCACUAAUGUAUACAAUGUAUGUUGAUUGUUGUAUCCGAUGUGUGUUGGACUACUACUAGUCUUAAGUGUUUCCAUUGUCUAUUGUAUUACCACUUGUCAUUGAAGAUGAAAUUAGAAAAAGACUUGGACUUGGAAUCUUGA